AUGCCAUAUUCCGAUCAACGAGCAAAAGAUUUUUUUAAAGAUAUAGAACAUCUUAUUCAUCAACUUUAUACCAAUCCACUGCCUCGUAAAUUAUUUAAUCGUGCUCAGAGUGUACAUCGAAUUAUCAAAAGCAUCCAACAUAAAAUCAACAAUCAAAAUAUUAUUAUUCGAUCUACUGAUAAAAGUAAAGUAUUUCAUCUACGUAGUGUGCAAGAUUAUCAUCGUAAAGCACUACAAUACAUGAAUAAAAUUAAUGUUUAUACAGAAAAUUUAUACGAUAUUAAUACAUGCCAUGAACAUAUUGAAAAUGUUUUAACAAUUAUUGAUCCAAUGUUGAAAAAGAAAAAUAUUAAUCUUGAUCUAUGGAGAUCUUAUAUGAUUCCCAAUGAAUAA